AUGUGGGAAAGGUCUGUCAGGAAAAACCUUAACAAUCGCGCUCGCCAGAUUGGGGGGGAGAACUAUGUCCUGCUUCGAAGUGGACAACUUGUCGGUGCAGCUUUAUGCAUCUUUGUCAAAGCCUCAGCAUUACACAAUAUCAAGAACGUUGAGGGAAGCGUCAAAAAGACGGGUCUGUCCGGUAUGGCAGGCAACAAGGGUGCUGUCGCUAUAAGGUUCGACUAUGCAAAUACGCAGCUUUGUUUCGUCACUGCCCAUCUUGCUGCCGGCUUCGCCAAUUACGAUGAACGUAACAAGGACUAUGCAACAAUUCAUCAUGGGCUGCGCUUCCAGAGGAAUAGGGGCAUUGACGACCAUGAUACUGUCAUCUGGCUCGGCGAUUUCAAUUACCGCAUUGGCUUGAGCCUUGAAAAGACAAAGGAGCUGGUCAAGAAGCGCGAUCUCGAGAGGAUGUACGAGAACGACCAGCUAAAUCUCCAAAUGGUUGCCGGGCUAGCAUUCCCCUUUUACUCUGAGGCUCGAAUUACCUUCAUGCCUACUUACAAAUUCGAUCUUGGACGAGAUGAAUACGACUCUUCGUAG